AUGGCCAAAGUAAGCAAUGAAGAAACGAAAUCUUAUGAACAAGUGGGAAAAGUCGCCGAGGAAGUCUUCGCCGCUUUUCGGACUGUAUUAGCAUUCAACGCACAAACUAGCGAACAGGCACGAUAUGCAUCAAAGCUUCAAGGUACUUCCAAGUAUGCAGUUCUCAAAGGACUAAUUUAUGGCUUUUAUAUUGGACUGUUAUCGACGAUUGUCUAUUGGACGACGGCACUUGGUCUUCUCUCAGGAGCAUGGCUUAUGAAUACAGGAAAGAAUCAGACACUCGAUAUUGGUAAAAUCGCUGUUAUUGUCACAGCCAUUACUGAGGGCAUACAGUUUCUUGGUGAUGUUGCUCCUUGCUUGAAGGAUUUUGCUGACGCGUGUAUUCUUGUUUUACCAAUAGCACAACACAUUGACGAAGCUGAAGGUCGUGUAAAAACACUAACGAAACAAUUUAAACUUUCAAAAGAACUAGCAGUUAGUGAGGGUGUCACAAAGCUAACAUCCGGCAAUCCAAUGAAAGUCACUUUUGACAAUGUUUCAUUUUCAUAUCCGAGUCGAAAAGAGAGGCUUGUAUUAAAUAAAGCAUCAUUUACAAUUAAUGCUGGCCAAACAGUAGCACUUAUAGGCGGCUCAGGAAGUGGUAAAAGUACGUGUAUUCAACUUUUGCUUCGUUUCUACGAAUUAACUGAUGGUCACAUCAAGAUCAACGAUCGUAAUAUUGUAGAAUUUGAUCUUUAUGAUUACCAUGAAGCGAUAGCAGUCGUCAAUCAGGAACCGGUACUAUUUGCAACUUCAAUUCAAGAUAAUAUUCGUUUUGGUAAAAUUAACUCAACACAAGACGACGUUAUCGAAGCGGCUAAACAAGCUCAUGCUCAUGAUUUUAUCAUGAAAUUACCUCAAGGAUAUGACACAAUGGUUGGUGAACGAGGUGCUCAGUUAAGUGGUGGUCAACGACAGCGUAUUGUUUUAGCACGUGCACUUAUUCGUAAACCAAACUUACUUAUUCUCGAUGAAGCAACGAGUGCACUCGAUCCCUCGAGUGAAAAGAUUAUACAACAAGCACUUGAACGAAGUUGUAAAGGUCGAACCACUCUCGUUAUUGCUCAUCGACUGUCGACAAUACGUAAUGCUGAUUGGAUAAUAGUUCUGGAAGAUGGUGCUGUUGUAGAACAAGGUUCACAUGACGAUCUUAUUGCUGCAAACUAUAUAUAUGCUAAUCUCUUCAAAAACUAUCCAGCAGAAACCAUCAAUGUUCAAUCGUCAGAAAUAGCCAAUGUGCACGAAUCGGAAGAUUUCUCAACUGAAAUCAUCCUUAGUCAAGAGAUAAAUAACAUUCAAACGAACGAAAGCGAAGUAAAUCGAACAUCAUUUGAGGAAACAGACGCAGAACUUUUAAUCGACGAGUCACCUUAUGGUUCGCUUCGUUCAUUGGUCAAUUUACUGAAGCUCAAUAGUCCGGAAUGGCCUUACUUACUUACUGCAAGCCUAUUUACAAUAGCCUUUUGUGCAGUUAGUCCAGCAUUUUCUAUCUCUAUGGUCCAAUCUAUCGACGCAUUUAGUGAAUGCAGUUUUUCCGCUCGAAUGACUAAAUUGUACAUUUUUACAGCUAUCAUCAUCACCUUAGGUAUUGUCGUCGUUAUAUUUUCAGUUAUUGCGCAAGGUAGCUUGGCAGUGGCCGGUGCACGCCUGACCAAUCGAUUACGUAUUAAAACCUUCGGAUGCAUAUUGCGGCAAGAAGUUGGAUGGUUUGAUGAAGCUGAAAAUAGUGUUGGAUCAUUGUGUUCAUGUCUCGCCACAGAUACACUUGAAAUUCAGAAGCUGACUGGAGUUCGCUUCGGUCUAGUUAUCCACUCGGUUUCAAUUUUAUUAAUUGCUCUUGUGCUUGGAAUGAUUUUUUCAUGGGCAUUGACAUUGGUCGCCUAUGCUUUACUGGCUGUUGUAUUUAUCAAUGCUAUUCUUAACGUUCGACGAAAUACUCGGCUAGCAACAUUAUUUCAGAAACUGGUAUUGGAGUACAGUGAUUUAGUGACACAAAGUGUGCGCAACAUUCGCACUGUGUAUCAACUUAAUAGACAAUAUGAGAUAUUAAAGUCAUUCGCAAAUAUCAUGGAACGGAGGUACAGAUUAGCAAUUCCAAGUAUACUCAAAAGUGGUUUGUCAUUUGCAUUAUCAUAUCCAGUUAUUACAUUCAUGUUACCUGCCCUCUGUUCACUUACUCUUGUACUUCUUGAUCACAAUCUCAUCGAUUCGCAGCGUACUAUAUUUUCAACCGAAUUGGCUCGAUCAUCUGCAUCAGCGAAAAGAUUGUGUCGAAUUUUCAAACGUAAACCAAUGAUUGACAACUGGUCAACUGAGGGUCACAUAAUUGAAAAUUUUUCUGGAUCGAUCGAGUUUGAGAACGUGACGUUUGCGUAUCCAACGCGCAAAUCACUUCCUGUACUGAAUAAAUUUCAUUUAGCAAUAAAACCAGGUCAAAGUGUUGCACUCGUUGGCUCGAGUGGAUGUGGUAAAUCCACAGUAAUUCAAUUGCUUGAACGCUUUUAUGAUUGCAAUGAAGGUCGUGUGGUGAGUACUAAAUAUUUCGUUUUUAUAUAAAAAUAUAUCAGAUACUAUUAAACCGAUGUUUGAAAAUAUUUCAAUUUAUGACUUCAUAUUUUCAAGAUGAAAUGAUUGUCUCGAAGAUUGUUAAUUUUUGUUCACGCGAGAUUUUUAAGAAUUCCCCUAAUUGAAAGUCAAAAUAAUAAUAAUAUAUUCUAGAGUUAUUUGGCUGUGACGCAAGAAACAGAAUGUAUACUAAUAGUGCUAUAUAUUGAGAGUGUCUGUUUAAAAACUGUUGUUAAAACUAUUAAACCGAUCAAAUGAUUUAUAACGGUGAGAGAAAGAAUUUUAGUUAAUCCUUUUCUAGUGACUGGCAUCUUAAAAUGUUCUAAAAGAAGAAAUCUUGAACAUUUAAUUCUAGUAUCACUUCUAUUAAUUCUCGAGCUAUGCCUAGUUUAGAAAUGCCAACAUUUCCAUGCGGCUAUUCCAGUAGAAUUUGGAAAAGGAUUGUUAUUGCUUUUUUUGCAACAUGAAAUUGAAUUACACUUAGUGAUUGUUAAGGUGUAGUUUCGCUUCUUUAUUAGCAGGUUCGAUAACAUACACUUUAACAAUAAUAAACAAGAACUCUGAAACAUAAUAAUCACAGGGACAGAUAUACUCGUAUUCAAUUAUCUCCAAUGAGAUAAAGAAUAC